UGCUUCUGAGGUGCCGCCGCCAUGCCGAAGCUGAGCAAGGAAGCCAAACAGCGACUGCAGCACCUCUUCAAAGGUGGCCAGUUCGCCAUCCGCUGGGGCUUCAUCCCUGUUGUACUUUAUUUAGGUUUUAAGAGAGGUGCAGAUCCUGGAAUGCCUGAGCCAACUCUUCUGAGUCUGCUUUGGGGAUGAAGGAAUUAAUUAAUGUAUUUUGAGAGUAUGCCUUUGAAGAUGAGUACAUUCCAGAGAUCGAAGGACAUUUAUGCAAUGCUACUGGCCAGCUAUUCACCUGAUAACAUGUAAAUGACAUUUCUGUUAGUCUAAUGUAUUUGGCACACUUUGUUACUUCUACUGGAAUAAAGAUUUAGAUUUAAAAUUUUUAA